GGCAAACCCAAAUCAGUUUAAUAAACGGUUAAGUUACGGGACAAAACUGGUUUUAUACAAAAAUAGUCUCGAUUUCAAUUUGGCGCAACACGUGGGAAAAUGGCUGACACCGGCGAAAAGUUAAGCAAGAACUGUAAUAAAAGCUGGCAUGCACACUGCCCAUUUUACUUGUGGGAGGUGUGAGGCAGUAUGAAGAGAAAAUAGAUUAAGGAUUUUCGUGAAACACCUUCCUCUUAAGUUCAGAUUUUGUGAAACGAGUCUAUAACUUUGUUUUGGUCCGAAUCUUUUGUACUGAAAAGCUAGCAGCUAAGCCUUGUGACAGAUACAGACAUUUCAUGUAGGCAGUUUUAUACCAAAGUAUGUCAGCAUUUAAAGCGUGGCAAAGAUUAUUUAAAGUGUUGGACACUAUAACAUCAAAACAAGUGAAAUAUUUCCACCAUAAAACAACUGGAUUAAAUGCAGCAGCAGUCAGCGCACAAGAUGUUUAUAGGCUGGCACCUGGGAACCAGUGUCGUACUUUGCAUUCAACUCCAUUUGCUCUUAAAAAUGAGUCCAGUGAGUUGAAGAGGAGGCUGAAGGAGGAGAAGAAAGCGAAGGAGAAGGCAGAGAAGUUAGCGGCAGCACAACAGCAGGCACAGAAUGAAGGCAAGACAGAGAAAAUUAAGGAAGAGGACAUUGAUCCUAAUGAAUAUUUUAAAUUGCGAUCAAGAGCUGUUGCCAAUAUGAAAGCAACCAACGACAACCCAUAUCCACACAAGUUUCAUGUAGGAAUGUCACUGGUUGAGUAUAUAGAAAAGUACAACAAUAUAAGUGAUGGAACCAUCCAAGAAGAUACUACAGUUAGUGUUUCUGGUAGAAUACAUUCUAGAAGAGAAAGCGGUGCAAAGUUGCUGUUUUAUGAUCUUCGAGCAGAAGCCGUCAAAAUACAGAUUAUGGCAAAUGCAAAAUAUUAUGGAUCAGAAGAUGACUUUGCCAACAUGAUAGAGAAAGUGAAGAGAGGAGAUAUUGUUGGGGUUGAGGGAAUGCCAGGCAAAACAAAGAAGGGAGAAUUGAGUAUUAUACCAAAAAGAAUUGUACUGCUGUCACCAUGUCUACACCAGCUUCCAACAUUGCACUUUGGUGUUAAAGAUAAGGAGACAAGAUUCAGGCAAAGAUAUUUAGACCUUAUAAUAAAUGAAUCAACACGGAACAAGUUUAUUGUGAGAGCUAAAAUCAUCAAUUAUCUGAGGCGGUUCAUGGACCAGUUAGGAUUUCUUGAGGUAGAGACACCAAUGAUGAACAUGAUACCUGGAGGAGCCACAGCCAAACCUUUCAUCACACACCAUAAUGACCUUAACAUGGAUCUGUACAUGAGAGUGGCGCCAGAAUUAUACCUCAAAAUGUUGAUAGUAGGAGGGUUAGAUAGAGUGUAUGAGAUUGGCCGACAGUUCCGGAAUGAGGGAAUAGACAUGACGCAUAAUCCUGAAUUCACGACAAUGGAGUUCUAUAUGGCUUAUGCUGAUUAUAACGAUCUGAUGUCGAUCACAGAAACUAUGGUCGCAGGUAUGGUAAAAGAGAUACAUGGAAGCCACAAGGUGCAAUAUCAUCCUGACGGACCGGAGGGACCUGUGUGGGAUAUAGACUUCACACCUCCAUUUAGGAGGAUCAGCAUGAUUGACGAACUAGAGAAAAAAUUAGGGGUCACGUUUCCAGAUCCAAGUAAUCUGAAUAAUGAAGAAGUUCGAAAGUUUUUAGAUGAUCAGUGUGUGAAGCAUAAUGUUGAUUGUACGGCACCAAGGACUUCAGCUAGAUUAUUGGAUAAACUUGUAGGAGAUUUUAUAGAAGAAAACUGUGUUAGUCCCUCAUUUAUCAUCGAUCAUCCACAAGUCAUGAGUCCACUUGCUAAAUGGCACAGAUCUAAGUCAGGGCUGACAGAGCGAUUUGAAUUAUUUGUAUGUAAGAAGGAAAUUUGUAAUGCUUACACAGAGUUGAAUGACCCAGUUGUACAGCGGGAACGCUUCCAACAACAAGCUCAGGACAAAGCUGCUGGUGAUGAUGAAGCCAUGUUUGUAGAUGAGUCGUUCUGUACGGCAUUAGAGUAUGGUCUACCACCAACUGCUGGUUGGGGUAUGGGCAUCGAUAGACUGGCCAUGUUCCUAACAAACUCAAAUAACAUCAAGGAGGUAUUGUUGUUCCCUGCCAUGAAACCUGAAGAUAAAACUGUGUUAGAAAACCCACCUGCAGAGUCAUAGCAACACAUAACCAUAGAUACUUGAUGUUAAUUUAUUGUUGCUAACCUUUGUGAUACCAUUCAGAAGUUUUUUUGUGUAACACUUGUAAGGCUUGGAUCUGGUAUAUAGGUUAUUAUGAGAGAAAAAAAGUUUUAAUUUUGAGUACCACAGAUAUUUUCACAGUGAUGGAGAUUUAUCGACAAUUUUUGUUAAAAACUGUGCAUAUACAAUGAAUUUCUUCUCUUAACAAGUCAGCUUAUUUGAAAUAUUACGCUUUUGAAUCGUCUUGUCUUUUACAAAUAGACGUCUGUCUUUCUAGUUUGAAGAGGUGUUAGGCAAGGUUUUGAAUUCUCAGCUUGUCUGUUUACAACUUUUAUUCAAAAUCUUGAUUUAUAAGUGCUGCAACUACUAUGUAUGGACAGAUAUAUUUAGGACAUGUUUUAAUGGCAUAUAUAACAUAUCAGUUUGUCAGCACUUACUUUUGUUUCAUCAUGUCUUGUUUAAUAAAUUGAGAAGGCCUAAUAGUUUAGGCUGAUUCCGGUCCAUUCAUUGCUCUGCACAGAGCAUCUGCAUUGUUAACAUUUACAGUAGGUUUCAUCUUUAAAUAUUUUCAGUCUCAAUAGGAAUAUUUGUGUGUGAUUAGGAUGUGCAUCUUGUCUUAGGACAUUGAUGAGGAUAUAGAGUGGUGAUCACAUUCACUAUAUUUCCUUCUUGUACCAUUUCGAAAAAAAAUUAUUGUCAAUGAUGAAAGCCAAACUUUCCCUUAUUUUUACACAUAUACUGAACCUCCAUGUUUUAAUCUAUUAUUUGGUUUUAUUUUCUAAGAAAAGGCAGAUCUAUACAUAAUCAUAUUCAGGUUUAUAAUAUUGACUUAACAGUAUGGAUUUAUUUAUUUUGAUUAAAAAAAACUUGAUAUGAUUACUGCUAUUUGUAUUUAAUAAAGACAAGAAUUGGAUGUCUUAUAACUGUAGAAUGGCAAAAGGUGCAAGAAAAAUGUGAAAUUGUAUCUAUCGAAUGAUGUUCUGUGAUCCUUACAAAGCAAAGAUAGAAAACUGUUUUAUGCUAAUCUUACAUUUUAAAGUGACUGAAUUGUUGCUGUGGUAAAUUACUGUCUUAAAUUAGAGUACGUCGUGAAGAUCUAUGUAUUUGCUAAUGUACCAGUACAAGUUUGUACCCUUAUCAUCUGACAAUAAGUCACUGUUUUAUUCUAAGAAUGCGUCACAGUUAAAUUGCUGUCUGCUUUUCUCCAGUGAAAAUGUUAAUAACACAUGCAUUGUUGAUGAAAAAAGGUUAUUUUAUAUGUCAAAUUUAUAUUUAUACAGAAUGUAGUGAAGCUUAUAAGUGCUUAGUGAUUUUUGUGUCCCUGAAAAUUUCAGGUGGGGGACAGUUGGAUUUGCCCUUGUCUGUCAGAAGUUGUGUUGUGCAUAUCUCUAAAAGUACCUGACUUGAAGUCAUUAAAACUUCUCCCCAUGUGAAGUUGUGCACCUGAGGUGUUUUUUUUUUUUUUUUUUUUUUUUUUUAAAAAGUGUUUGACCUAGAGUUAUAAAACUAUGUAUUUAUUCAGAACGCAUUUGUGCAUUUGGGUGGUGUUUUGGUAUUUUACUUUGCAAGAGUAAUAGCCAUGGACUUAGUAAAAAAUAUGCUUUUAGAGCAUAAAAGUUUUUCCCAUUUAUCUCUAACCCAACCCAAUGUAAUAUAAAAGUUUGCAUAGUCUUGCAAUGUCAACAAGUGACAUACAACCCCCGUAUGGUGACAGGAAGUGGGGUACCAGUGUCAUGUGGACAGACAUAUAGUUUUUAGCUCUUUUGAUGUAGCAAGAUAUUAAUGUUUUACUAGAGUUUGAAAGUAUUGUGUAAGUUUAAUACUCUUAGCAAAAAAUUGUUUGAAUACAAAACCUGCUCAGUGUGUGCAAAAUAGGUUUGAACUUGAAAUUUAAGAAGAACGAACGAGACCUUGCUAAUUUAUAAAUAUUUGUCUGCUACAUUUAUAUAGAAAAAAGUCAAUUGACAGUAAUUCAGAUUAGCUUGUUAUGGUUAAUGAAGGUUUGGGGCAUACUUUCACCUGAAGUUUUUGUACUGAUGUGCAUAUUUUUGCCAUACUGGAUAGCAUGUGAUUGUACCAGAAGGGUAUCACUGCACAGUUGCAGAGUUAAGUGCUUUUUAGCUCACCUGUCACAAAGUGACAAGGUGAGCUUUUGUGAUCGCGCGGUGUCCGUUGUCCGUCCGUCCGUCCGUCCAUAAACUUUUGCUUGUGACCACUCUAGAGGUCACAUUUUUGAUGGGAUCUUUAUGAAAGUUGGUCAGAAUGUUCAUCUUGAUCAUAUCUAGGUCAAGUUCGAAACUGGGUCACGUGCCUUAAAAAACUAGGUCAGUAGGUCUAAAAAUAGAAAAACCUUGUGACCUCUCUAGAGGCCAUAUAUUUCACAAGAUCUUCAUGAAAAUUGGUCAGAAUGUUCACCUUGAUGAUAUCUAGGUCAAGUUCGAAACUGAGUCACGUGCCAUCAAAAACUAGGUCAGUAGGUCUAAAAAUAGAAAAACCUUGUGACCUCUCUAGAGGCCAUAUAUUUCACAAGAUCUUCAUGAAAAUUGGUCAGAACGUUCAUCUUGAUGAUAUCUAGGUCAAGUUCGAAACUGGGUUACGUGCCAUCAAAAACUAGGUCAGUAGGUCAAAUAAUAGAAAAACCUUGUGACCUCUCUAAAGGCCACAUUUUUCAUGGGAUCUGUAUGAAAGUUGGUCUGAAUGUUCAUCUUGAUGAUAUCUCGGUCAAGUUCGAAACUGGGUCACGUGCGGUCAAAAACUAGGUCAGUAGGUCUAAAAAUAGAAAAACCUUGUGACCUCUCUAGAAGCCAUAUAUUUCAUGAGAUCUUCAUGAAAAUUGGUCAGAAUGUUCACCUUGAUGAUAUCUAGGUCAAAUUUGAAAGUGGGUCACGUGCCAUCAAAAACUAGGUCAGUAGGUCAAAUAAUAGAAAAACCUUGUGACCUCUCUAGAGGCCAUAUUUUUCAUGGGAUCUGUAUGAAAGUUGGUCUGAAUGUUCAUCUUGAUGAUAUCUAGGUCAGUUUCGAAAGUGGGUCACGUGCCAUCAAAAACUAGGUCAGUAGGUCAAAUAAUAGAAAAACCUUGUGACCUCUCUAAAGGCCAAAUUUUUCAUGGGAUCUGUAUGAAUGUUGGUCUGAAUGUUCAUCUUGAUGAUAUCUAGGUCAAGUUCGAAACAGGGUCAUGUGCGGUCAAAAACUAGGUCAGUAGGUCUAAAAAUAGAAAAACCUUGUGACCUCUCUAGAGGCCAUACUUGUGAAUGGAUCUGCAUAAAAAUUGGUCAGAAUGUUCACCUUGAUGAUAUCUAGGUCAAGUUUGAAACUGGGUCAUGUGCUGUCAAAAACUAGGUCAGUAGGUCAAAUAAUAAAAAAUCCUUGUGACCUCUCUAGAGGCCAUACUUUUCAUGGGAUCUGUAUGAAAGUUGGUCUGAAUGUUCAUCUUGAUGAUAUCUAGGUCAAAUUUGAAACUGGGUCAACUGCGGUCAAAAACUAGGUCAGUAGGUCUAAAAUUAUUAAAAUCUUUUGACCUCUCCAGAGGCCAUAUUUUUCAAUGGAUCUUCAUGAAAAUUGAUUUGAAUGUUCACCUUGAUGAUAUCUAGGUCAGUUUCGAAACUGGGUCACGUGCGGUCAAAAACUAGGCCAGUAGGUAUAAAAAUAGAAAAACCUUGUGACCUCUCUAGAGGCCAUAUUUUUCAUGAGAUCUUCAUGAAAAUUAAUGAGAAUGUUCACCUUGAUGAUAUCUAGGUAAAAUUCAAAACAGGGUCAAGUACCUUCGAAAACUAGGUCAAUAGGUCAAAUAAUAGAAAAACCUUGUGACCUCUCUAGAGACUGUAUUUUUCAAUGGAUCUUCUUGAAAAUUGGUCAGAAUUUUUAUCUUGAUAAUAUCUAGGUCAAGUUCAAAACUGGGUCACAUGAGCUCAAAAACUAGGUCACUAUGUCAAAUAAUAGAAAAAACGACGUCAUACUCAAAACUGGGUCAUGUGGGAAGAGGUGAGCGAUUCAGGACCAUCAUGGUCCUCUUGUUGUGAUUUAUGUAGUUAUUGAACUCACCCAUCAAAUCUUAUUUAUUGGAACAAUGUUUAAAGUGAUUUACACAUACAAAAAUAAAGAGAAACUUCUGUA